AUGUGGUUCGGACCUCGUGUGGGACGCAGCUAUACACAUCAAGGGAUGUGGUUUGGACCUCGUGUUGGACGCAGUUAUCCAGAUCAAGGGAUGUGGUUUGGACCUCGUGUUGGACGCAGCCAUCCAGAACCAGGAACCUGGUUUGGACCUCGUGAUGGACGCAGCCAUCCAGAACCAGGGACGUGGUUUGGACCUCGUGUUGGACGCAGCCAUCCAGAACCAGGAACCUGGUUUGGCCCUCGUGAUGGACGCAGCCAUCCAGAACCAGGGACGUGGUUUGGACCUCGUGUUGGACGCAGCUAUCCAGAUCAAGGGAUGUGGUUUGGACCUCGUGUCGGACGUAGCUAUCCAGAACCAGAGACGUGGUUUGUACCAAGAGUUGGACGCAGCCAUCCAGAGCCAGGGAUAUGGUUUGAACCUCGUGUUGGAUGCAGCCAUCCGGAUCAAGGGAUGUGGUUUGGACCUCGUGUUGGACGCGCUCAUUCUGAAACCGAACUCGGAAUGUAG